AUGUCAGACGACUUAUCUGAACCGGAACACGGACAGGGCCGGAGUCGUGUACCUCAGAAGAAAUACGAGAUCCCGCCGCGGUCGCGGUCGCUCGGCGACGCGUUCUGCUACUCGCGGGCGCGGCGGUACCCGCAUAUCCGCAAAUGGAUGAAGAUAAGCCCCGAUAAAUAUGGCAUGAACGUGUACAUGCUCUGCGACGCGGAAACAGGGUAUAUACUGCGCAUGGUUCCCUACAUGGGUGACUCGAAAUCGGUGGAAACAAUUAUCACGGAAUUGAGUGAACCAUACUUCGGAUUGGAUAUUUCAAAACAUAAUGUUAAAGCUUGUUUGCAAUUAUUUAUAAGAUUUCCUUUUUAUUUUCAGUCUUCUCAAGUUAAUAUCACUCCCCAGACUACGCUACCUUCGACAAGGAGGUCACGAAAGCGAAACAUAGAGGGAGAUCCUGAAGUUGAUGAAGCUUUGCAAUUACUGAGGGAGAUUACAUCUAAUGCAAGGCAACGCGAUGAUGCUGCUAUAUUUGCAGACUAUAUAAGUAGCAAGUUGAGGAAGAUGGAUCAUUACACGAUGUGUACAGUACAACAUCAAAUCCAGAAUAUUGUCUAUGAAGCAGAAAUGAGAAUGGGUCCGAUGAAUUUUGAUACCAAUAAUACUACUCAGCCUCUUCGUUAUCAAAAUGUUCGUCCAGGAUACUUCACAGGCCAACUUACAACGUCAACAAUGUCACCAUCGCCCUCAACUUCGCCCUCUUACUCUGUUCAAUCAGACUAUGAAAUGCAAAAUAGCCCAGAUGUCAACACAAGUGACAGUCUGUUACAAGUCUUGGAAAAUAAUUUAACCGAAAAUAGUGUUACAGAAGUGUUAAGAAAUGUUUCUGAUUCCUAAAUAAAACAAUUAUUUGAAUAA